AUGCAUUGGAGACGAUCUAUUCUACACUCUGAGCCCAAAUCGAUCGUUAGCCGCAGCCACUGCAGUAGCGCAGUAAAGAUAGCAUUUUGCCAUGGGACCCGCUUAAAUCAGGUCUACCAAUCAAGAAGUAGUGGAAUGUCACUGGUACCAGGGAAAGCUUGGGCCAAGUCUAGACGAAAUCCCCUACAAAGUCUGAGAUAUCUUUCUAUGUACACCUACUACUUCUCAAUUCCUCUUACCACUUAA